AAUAAAAGUUAAUUUUUGUCAUUAUACGAAGGUGAGAAAAUCGCCGGAGAAAGUGGAUAAAGUCCUCUCCUUUUUUUAUCCAACCACCGUCAAUUUAACCCUCUCCGGCAACAUAAAAAUCCACCGGAACUUAAAAAAGAGAGUUAGUUGUAUAGAAAGAGAAACAAAAGAAGAAGGUUGGUUCGGUCCUCUCUCUCUCUCUUUCCCCGAGUAUGGUGAGAGUACUAGUUAGCAGUAAUGGAGAGAGCAAGAGACUUUAAAACCCUCUUUCUCUUUCUCUCUCUUUUCUAUUUUUUCUUCUGUCAAUUUAAAAACCCAUCAGUUACGCCAAUUUCUAAAGAGAGAGUUUUCUUUUAGCGAAUCUGUAAUGAAUGUUGAAGAAGCAACAAAAGGGGUUUGGGAGCACUAAUGGCGGCUUUAGCUUAGGUGAGAAAGUCUUUACAAGGAAGAGAUCAUAUACUAUCUCACUUUCUCUUUCUAGGGUGGCUCUGUAGAGAACUAAGAAGAGACAUUAUUACGGCUAAAAUAAAAAACCUAUCUCUUUUGGAUUUGUAAAAAUUCCUUUUUUUUUUCUUUUGUUUUCGUAAUCAAUUUCUUGCCUAAAGCGAAACCUUUUCACCUCCCGAAAUCAUCGCCUUUGCAUCUUCUCUUUCAGAUUCUCUUCCGUUUCGUUUUUUUUCUUUCUUUUAAUCUCUCUUCCUCUUCUCUAAAAUUUGAACCUUUUUUUUUUUUUGGUGUGUUGCUCUGUUGGGUUUGUGUUAAUGGUGACAGUGGUGUAAAUGGUCCAUUAGUAGUUUGUGGUUGGGUGAAAAGUAAAGAGAUUAAAGACUGUUUUACUGUCUUUUCGAAACAUUAAUUAAAAAAAAUGAGUUUCGUCGUCGGCGUCGGCGGAAGUGGUAGUGGAAGCGGCGGAGACGGUGGUGGUAGUCAUCAUCACGACGGCUCUGAAACUGAUAGGAAGAAGAAACGUUACCAUCGUCACACCGCUCAACAGAUUCAACGCCUUGAAUCGAGUUUCAAGGAGUGUCCUCAUCCAGAUGAGAAACAGAGGAACCAGCUUAGCAGAGAAUUGGGUUUGGCUCCAAGACAAAUCAAGUUCUGGUUUCAGAACAGAAGAACUCAGCUUAAGGCUCAACAUGAGAGAGCAGAUAAUAGUGCACUAAAGGCAGAGAAUGAUAAAAUUCGUUGCGAAAACAUUGCUAUUAGAGAAGCUCUCAAGCAUGCUAUAUGUCCUAACUGUGGAGGUCCUCCUGUUAGUGAAGAUCCUUACUUUGAUGAACAAAAGCUUCGGAUUGAAAAUGCACACCUUAGAGAAGAGCUUGAAAGAAUGUCUACCAUUGCAUCAAAGUACAUGGGAAGACCGAUAUCGCAACUCUCUACGCUACAUCCAAUGCACAUCUCACCGUUGGAUUUGUCAAUGACUAGUUUAACUGGUUGUGGACCUUUUGGUCAUGGUCCUUCACUCGAUUUUGAUCUUCUUCCAGGAAGUUCUAUGGCUGUUGGUCCUAAUAAUAAUCUGCAAUCUCAGCCUAACUUGGCUAUAUCAGACAUGGAUAAGCCUAUUAUGACCGGCAUUGCUUUGACUGCAAUGGAAGAAUUGCUCAGGCUUCUUCAGACAAAUGAACCUCUAUGGACAAGAACAGAUGGCUGCAGAGACAUUCUCAAUCUUGGUAGCUAUGAGAAUGUUUUCCCAAGAUCAAGUAACCGAGGGAAGAACCAGAACUUUCGAGUCGAAGCAUCAAGGUCUUCUGGUAUUGUCUUCAUGAAUGCUAUGGCACUUGUCGACAUGUUCAUGGAUUGUGUCAAGUGGACAGAACUCUUUCCCUCUAUCAUUGCAGCUUCUAAAACACUUGCAGUGAUUUCUUCAGGAAUGGGAGGUACCCAUGAGGGUGCAUUGCAUUUGUUGUAUGAAGAAAUGGAAGUGCUUUCGCCUUUAGUAGCAACACGCGAAUUCUGCGAGCUACGCUAUUGUCAACAGACUGAACAAGGAAGCUGGAUAGUUGUAAACGUCUCAUAUGAUCUUCCUCAGUUUGUUUCUCACUCUCAGUCCUAUAGAUUUCCAUCUGGAUGCUUGAUUCAGGAUAUGCCCAAUGGAUAUUCCAAGGUUACUUGGGUUGAACAUAUUGAAACUGAAGAAAAAGAACUGGUUCAUGAGCUAUACAGAGAGAUUAUUCACAGAGGGAUUGCUUUUGGGGCUGAUCGUUGGGUUACCACUCUCCAGAGAAUGUGUGAAAGAUUUGCUUCUCUAUCGGUACCAGCGUCUUCAUCUCGUGAUCUCGGUGGAGUGAUUCUAUCACCGGAAGGGAAGAGAAGCAUGAUGAGACUUGCUCAGAGGAUGAUCAGCAACUACUGUUUAAGUGUCAGCAGAUCCAACAACACACGCUCAACCGUUGUUUCGGAACUGAACGAAGUUGGAAUCCGUGUGACUGCACAUAAGAGCCCUGAACCAAACGGCACAGUCCUAUGUGCAGCCACCACUUUCUGGCUUCCCAAUUCUCCUCAAAAUGUCUUCAAUUUCCUCAAAGACGAAAGAACCCGUCCUCAGUGGGAUGUUCUUUCAAACGGAAACGCAGUGCAAGAAGUUGCUCACAUCUCAAACGGAUCACAUCCUGGAAACUGCAUAUCGGUUCUACGUGGAUCCAAUGCAACACAUAGCAACAACAUGCUUAUUCUGCAAGAAAGCUCAACAGACUCAUCAGGAGCAUUUGUGGUCUACAGUCCAGUGGAUUUAGCAGCAUUGAACAUCGCAAUGAGCGGUGAAGAUCCUUCUUAUAUUCCUCUCUUGUCCUCAGGUUUCACAAUCUCACCAGAUGGAAAUGGCUCAAACUCUGAACAAGGAGGAGCCUCGACGAGCUCAGGACGGGCAUCAGCUAGCGGUUCGUUGAUAACGGUUGGGUUUCAGAUAAUGGUAAGCAAUUUACCGACGGCAAAACUGAAUAUGGAGUCGGUGGAAACGGUUAAUAACCUGAUAGGAACAACUGUACAUCAAAUUAAAACCGCCUUGAGCGGUCCUACAGCUUCAACUACAGCUUGACACACACCAUUAAAAGCUCUCUUCCCUCUUUCUUCUGGGUGUCUCUUUCUCUUCAAUGAUGGAACAGAGAAGGGAAUUAACUCCUUCUUUUGCCUUCAAUGCCAGAGAGAGAGAAGAGAAGCUCAUUAACUCCAAUUGUUCUGCUGCUUCUGUUGGUGCUGUUCUGUUCUUGGACAAACCUCAUUAAACAACUUCUGUAAGAAAAGAAAAAAACAGCUGGAUUCUUCUCUCUUCAUUUUUUUUGGUUUUUUUUUUUUUUUUUUUUUGGUUGGUUAUGAGUAUUUUUUUAGGGUAUUUUUAUUGGGUUUUUAUUACUAGAAGAAACUGGAAGUCAAGAACGCACCAUGCAACUUUGACUUUGUUUGUAUGGUUCGGGCAUUGACUUCUAUUGCAAAGUUUUUUUGAAAGCUUUAAACUUUGUUCAUCUCUUCAUUAAUGGUCUGUUUAUGUUUUAACUGGUUCUUAAAUCUUC